AUGGUGGAGAAAGGGGGAGUGGAGGAGGAGGAGAAGGAGAAGGAGGCGGAGGGAUUAAGGGAGCUGGGCAGAGGUCUGAGGAAGAGACCUGCGUAUCUGACUGCAACUGGUAAAGGUGGAGAGGACUUUUCGGGUGAUAUAAAGGAGUAGAAAAGGUGACAGAGUAGGAGAGGAAACAAGGAGACACGGGUAUUAUUCUCUGGGGCACAGGACAGCUGUGACUCCUGUUCCUGCUGUCCCAUGUGUCUGAUUGCACGUUAUUACAGAGACGCCACACCCCCGCCAUCUUCACUCACUGUUUCUGUGAAGUCUGCGAGCUCUUGUCCUACUCUGACCCUGCUCCGUCCUCCUCUCUUUUGCCUCAUUCUAGCUCCAGUUUCUUCCAUUUCCACUUUUUCUCUCUCAUUUCUUCGCUGUUAUAGUAGGAACAAAUCCAGGAUAUCAAUACAAUAUUUUGAUUCAUUACUCUUUCGCUUUUUCCAUCUCCUCUCCCCCUGCAGAUGGGACACAUUUCCGGUACCUCCUGCUCGCUCAGACCGCUACCUCUGGUGGUCUCGUCAGUGUGUGUCAAGCCCUGCAUGACCACCUCCCAGCUCAACGCCGCUCCAAGUAA